AUGAAUAGGAUUCAGAAAUUACUAUUCUCAGAAUACAGUGAACUUGAAGAACUCGUUUUGUUGGAAAGCCCUUUCGCAGAAACUGAGAGGAACGGUAACGCGAUACGUCAGGUUCAGUUAGGACUGACUCCAAGAAAUCUCAUUAUUGCUGGAGAUAUGAUCACACCUGCAGAUGAGGUGGAAAUUGGUUAUUGCUUGGGACUAGAUCCAGAAAUUGAAACACUGGAACUAAUUUCUAUUAUACCAGUUGAGUGUGUUAAUCUUAGUGUUUUCAGCAGAAGGAAAAGGCGUACACUCAAAGCUCAUUUUUGUAAUUCUGUAAUUAAAUAUUAUGAACUUGGAGGCUCAGAACAUCGUAAGAUGUUCUGGAAUCUAUGGUGUGAGAAAGUGAGGUUUUUGUCCCCCAGUGAAGAUUUCUCAUGUCUGUCAGAAACAUCAGCUGAAUCUUCGUCAUCUGAAAGCAGCCUGUAUAUCAAGUCCAAGAAACAUACAGUUUCUGAGUCUGGGAAACACAGACUAUGGUGUCAGUUUGUAAGGGGCCAAGCCAAAGAUGAGUUUGGAACAAAUUAUUAUGUCUGUGAUGAUAGCACUCUACAAUAUUUUAAACGGAAGCUGAAGAAGAAUCUGAAGUUAACAGUGUGGAACUUUAAUUCAACAACAUUGGCUUAUCAGCUAACUAUGAUUGAUAGAGAUCUGUUUUGCAAGAUUGAAGAAAUUGAAAUUGAAAUCUUAUUAAAGCAGCAUUCAGCCAGAAACACUCCCAACAUUGCAGCAAUCAUUGCAUUCUCUCAUAGAAUAUCUUGCCUUGUUGCUACUGAUAUUCUUGAACAACAGAAUUUAAAAACAAGAAGCCUCCUGAUUGUACGGUUCAUCAGUGUAGCACAAAGGUGUGAUACCCUUCAAAACUUUCAGUCAUGUCAUAGUGUACUGGAAGGAUUACAAAGCCCAGCCAUUCAUAGACUCCAUAAGACCUGGGAACGUGUUCGCAAGGAAUAUCCAUCAAAAUACUGCUUGUUUGAAAAGCUCUGUCGUAAACAUCGAGAUCCACGACUGCCUGCAUACCAGAAGGCAUUUUAUCAGGCUAGUCUGAAGCCUCCAUUUCUACCUUUCAUUGGAGAUAUCCUAGCAAGAGCUCUGAGAAGAGUGCCUAAUUUUCCCUUAAAACUCUUGUCAAAAUCUUCACAAGAAAGUUUUACAAAUUUCAAUGCCUCAGGAGUACAAGAAGUAGCAGCAGCUGGUACGAGGACAGUGGAUACUAGAGAAACAGCACACAGUCCUUCACGAAAAACUCGCUACAUUCAUUGUAUUCGGCAGUUCUUUUCCUUCUUCCAUAUUAUUUCAGUGGCCUCUGUUAAUUCCAUUAUGGAUAAUAAAAACAGUGAAGUUUCACAACAUGAAUUACCUAGCCCCAGGAAAUUUGAAGCGAAUAGUAUGCAGGUGCCAAAUAUUCAGACAUGUUGCUUGCUGCCAAACAAUGGAAACGGUGAAGUUCUGUUUAAAAAUUUCAAUCCAGGAAGUAUACCAUCUGCACUACACCCCAAUUAUAGUGUGCUAAAAGUAGGUGGUGUCAUACAUUUACUAGACUGGUAUAAGAGAGGCGCAAUGGUGUAUGAUUUUACCCCUGAUAAACUUGCAAGGGAUUAUUUGUUAAAGUCCCAUUAUCAAGAGGAAAAAGAAAACUACUUGCUCUCCACAAAGCUUGAAACUACAACUAACAGUGAUCAACAAUAAUUGUAAAAGGUGAUAAAUUGCUUGAAAUAUGUGAAGUGUAGUGUAUUUAAAUUUUCAGGCCACCGUCCAGUAACCACCCCACACGUUUGAAAUGAUUUUGAAAAUGUUUUACUUUUAUUUAACAAUAUAUAAUCUGUUUAUGAAGAGGCCCUUUUUUUGUUCACUUAAGUGUGUGAACAUGUUUACACAAAUGAAAUAUAUCUUUAAUUUUUCUCAUUGUUUGGAGUAUGUUUUCCAUCUGUUGUAAUUAGUGUUAGAAAACUAACUGGAACGAAAAACACUGUACAGUAUAAAUGUAAAAACAGUAUAAUCUAACACACACACACACACACACACACACACA